AAGGAGGAUAAGCAUAAACUGCUUUAGAUUUAACACCUUAUUCCUCUCCUUCUAGGCUAUGGGAACCUAAGCCCCAGCACUGCAGCUGGUCGAGUCUUCUGCAUCUUCUUUGCACUUUUUGGGAUCCCCUUGAAUCUUGUUCUCUUGAACUCAAUUGGGCAGCUGAUGCUGUCAGGGGUUCAGCAUUGUGCCCAUCACCUAGAGGAGAAGUUUCACUGGCAGAAAAAAGCUACCCUCCUGAUUAGGAUAUGCGCACUGCUAACUUGCUUGUUAUUGUUCCUCCUGCUACCUCCCAUGUUGUUCUCUGCUAAAGAAGGAUGGAGUUAUGAAGAAGGCUUCUACUAUUCCUUCAUUACCCUAAGCACUAUAGGGUUUGGAGAUUAUGUGAUUGGGAUGAAUCCAGACCUCACCUAUCCAGGCUGGUACAAGAAUGUAAUCUCUCUGUGGAUCCUCUUUGGGAUGGCCUGGCUAGCACUCAUUAUCAAAUUUUGCAUCAACUUACUAGAGAGCUCCAGUGACCUCUGCCAGGGCACCAAGAAGAGCAAAGAGCUGGCAGAAGAAGACUUAAUGGAUGGCAACAAAAGUAGUAUGACAGGACUCAAUGACGUGGAGAGCUGCAGUGGCAAGGACACAAAACAAAAGGACCAGACUGAAUGGUACACCCACACAGCUCCUACCGAAGCACUUUAGAGAAGAAACAUCCCCUUGGCGUCUCUUAGGUGUUAGUGCACGAGAGGUUACUGCUUAGAAAUCUGUGAAUGGAGCUGCCCUGGUGUUCAUACGGGAAAGAAAACUUGUUUUUUGAGUUUGAGAUGCUUCUAUUCUGAGUUGAGCAAUGACAACAAAAUGUUUCAUUUGCAGCACCACCAAGAACUAACCAGCAGGAUGCUUAAUCAAAAGUACAUUUACAGAGAUAAUGCCUACCUUGCCACCCCAAUAUAUAAGGUACAUUUUCACAUGUGUACCCAGCACUGGCCGGUGUCCUUUUCUUUGCAUGGAAAGUUCUUGGAGUCUCUCACUGUUAUGUGUGGCAUUUUGCAAAUGCCACAACUAGAAUACUAUGUACCAUUUAAUACAGAAAAACAAAUUUCAUGUUGCUAAAAGACUUAAUGAAAAACACUAUUUUAAAAUGGCCUGGCAGCCACUGCAGACGUGCUCCAUGACCUGUAUGCUUGUGCUUGCCAAAGGCAAUAACAUUCUUUUACUUAUCUGAUUGCUAGUUCAUAGAUGGCAAUGAGGCAGAGCACGUAUAGGUGCCCAGGAGAGAUGGAAUAUUCAAUUUUGUGAAGGAAACUUCUGCAUCAGAGGUUGAUCAGUAUUAAAGAGAGACCAACAGGGUAGGUAAUUAGGCAGGCCAUUCCUUACCCCAGAACUUAUAGCAGGAUCAUCCUCUGUAAAAUAUUAGGCAGACCAAAUGUCAUUAGCUAAAUGUGACAGUUCAUUUAGGUAGAACUUUUCUUUUUACUUCUUGGAAGCCAAAAAAGGAGGACUAGAGGUAGUUUUAAGUGCCAGUGGUCCCAGGAUUGUCACAGGCCCAAUGUUAGCAAGGGCUACUGUAAUCUAGAAACAGAUUGAAUAUUUUUGCCCAUGAGCAAUUGGAAAAACCAAGAGAUGCUAUUCUGAUGAGCUGAUGGCUUAAAUGAAUGGUGCAGCUGUUUUUGUUAAUGUCUUUAUAUAAGCACAACUAUCUUUUAUCUCUGGAAUUACAGACCUGCUCAUGUUGCCCUUCUGUCAAUCAUGAAACUGAACUGUUUUUUAUUAUUCCAAUAAAUCCUCAAAAACUUUUGAUAAAUUAUGCCAUUUUAAAAGGUCUAAUAGAA